CAGGGCAGGAUGGGCUGCACUAGGCUGCUAGAAAAGCCACUGCUAGGCUACUGUAUGGAGGAAUGACAGCCAGAUUGGGAAUAUAGCCUUGUGUGCAUGUCUUCUAUAGCGUCCUUAGACACAAAUUUAGUGAAUGGGACUAAGAAUACAGUGGCAGACUGUAUCACUGACCAGAUCAAGAGCAACCAGCAGAUUUGGAUGAGCUCACACCACAUGGGAUCUCCUGUAUAUCAGAUCCCCAUAUUGACUGGUGAGGAGGAGGAGGAACAUGCAGUGUGAUGAUGCCCUCCCUCUUCCCCUGGGGCAAGAACUAUGUUUGCAUCUAACCCUGAUAGAGCUAAAGGCCAGGGGGACAGUCACAGUCAAAGAGAGACUAGCUAGCUGAGCCCAGGGGACUACAAUCAACAGGUGGAGCUGAACAAAUAAGCUAUUGGUCGCAGGCUCAGCCAACAAGACCAGGAACAGAAGCGUCAUUAGAAGGCCCUGUCAGAGAGAGCUCUAGAGAGCAUGUGGAAGCCACAGCCAUUGUUUAAAACAACGCCAGAGACAACAACUGAAGCCUAGCCCCAGAGACUGAAGUCACAGCACAGAGCUUCGGAGACAACACUGAAGCCAGUGAAUCCACAACCCCUGAGCCCCAAAGAGACCACCACUGCGGGAUGGCUUCAACACUGUGACUGACUCUAGACCCACUGGAGUUCCAACUGUACAGCUGGUAACCAGAGCUAAAGGCCAGAAUAAUAGGAUACUAAACUCACAUCUCAAAGGGAUUAUUGUGUGGUUGUGUGUGUUGCUCUGUUUGUGUGGUUCUGUGUGUGUUGUCUUGGGUGUAGCAGUGCAGUGUGUGAGCUAGUUUUGUUUUAAGUUCUGUGUGUGUAGUUCUCCAUCAGCAGAUGUUGCAGAAAUGGCCAGCAUGGUGGUCCAGCUCUUGGGCUUCUUCCUGGGUCUGUUGGGGCUUGUAGUUAGUGUAGUUGCUACGGUGCUCCCCCAUUGGCGGCGGACGUUAUAUGUGGGCUCUAACAUCAUCACAACCACUGCAUACAUGAAGGGCCUCUGGAUGGAGUGUGUGUGGCACAGCACGGGCAUCUACCAGUGUGAAGUACAUCGCUCAAUGCUGGCUCUGCCACCUGACCUGCAAGCAGCGCGGGCGUUGAUGGUGCUAUCCUGUCUGACCUCCACCCUGGCAGUCCUGGUGUCCUCUACAGGGAUGAAGUGUACCCGCUGUGCCCGACGCUCCCCCACCAAGCACGUCCUGGCCAUCAGUGGAGGGGUCUGCUUCCUGUCUGCAGGCAUGCUCUGCCUUAUCACUGUCUGCUGGACAACCAAUGAUGUCAUCCUCGACUUCUACAACCCCAUCAUACCUGAAGGUAUGAAGUAUGAGAUUGGCAUGGCGGUGUAUUUGGGCUAUGUCUCGGCCUGUCUAAGUCUGAUGGGAGGGGCGGUGCUCUGUUGGAACUGUGAGGGGCGGCCCGGGAACGCCCUCCCCCUCCAGCUACCUCGUCGUCACCACCCUCCUUCUCCCCCUGUCUUCAGCACUUUAAACACCCCAGCACCCCCUUACUAUCCCCCUGUCGCACUGAAUGGCAACCGCACUCCCUCACGCACCUCAGUGUCCAGCAGUGGCUACAGACUCAACGACUAUGUCUGAGGGAUGGAGUACACACUCAAUUAUUGCUUCUUAGUGUGGAAGUGGACACACUUAAUUAUUAUGUUUGAAUGUGGAAUAUAAUACAGACUGAUUGACUACGUCUAAGGGAGGUUCACACUUAAUGACUUUCCAGACAACCUCGAGAGAGUGACUGAGGAUGAGUGUGUUUUACAGUGUUGAUGUUGUUCAGGUUGUGUCCUUCUUCUCUGAGGUAAAGUCCACAAGGUAAUCCUGUCCUCUUUAUCCUGUUGACUUUGUAUGUUUACUAUAAGAAUCCAGAAACACACUUUUGAACAUCAACAGCCUUAUUCCCUAAUACAAAAGGAGCUUCCUUCGAAAAGGCCUUUAGGACAAAGACAGCAUAUACCAUAAUGAGGACAAAGACAGCAUAUACCAUAAUGAGGACAAAGACAGCAUAUACCAUAAUGAGGACAAAGACAGCAUAUACCAUAAUGAGGACAAAGACAGCAUACACCAUAAUGAGGACAAAGACAGCAUACACCAUAAUGAGGACAAAGACAGCAUAUACCAUAAUGAGGACAAAGACAGCAUAUACCAUAAUGAGGACAAAGACAGCAUACACCAUAAUGAGGACAAAGACAGCAUAUACCAUAAUGAGGACAAAGACAGCAUAUACCAUAAUGAGGACAGAGACAGCAUAUACCAUAAUGAUAAGCCAUAUAGGGUUCUUCCAUGUGUAUUAUUAUGUGUUCCAGUUUCAUAGCUCAUAACUUCAUGGCUGUUGGAUGAACACAAAUAGAUUUUUAACUGCUCCAAUUGUUGUGAAGCACUUCCUGUCUUCUCUAUUAUUGAAUAUAUGUAAACUGCUUUAUACUUCUCCUGUUAUCUUAAAAUACAAAGUCACCAUGGUGCAACAGACUACACUUGAGCUUGAGGGUGGUAGGAUAGGUUACUACUAACUACACUGAACAAAAAUGUAAAUGAAACAAUUGAAAAUAUUUUACAGUUCAUAAGGAAAUAAGUCAUUUUAAA